AUGGCAAGAAGAAUGAAAGCUAAGCAUGACAAGUAUUGGGGCACCUUUGAUGACAUCAAUCCCUUACUGUUUAUUGAUGUGGUUCUUGACCCGAGGUACAAGUUGGAGUAUGCCUGUUUUGUGCUUGAUGAGGUUUAUGGAAUAGAACAUGGGGGAAUUUGGACUAAAAAUGAGUUGUUUGAGAGUGUGAAUGGUGUUUUGGAGGAUAUGUUCAAGGACUAUUCUGAAAUGAGAGGGGUUACUAGUGGAAGCUCAUCAAGAAGUGCGGGGAGUAUAGCACCAAAUGAGAAUGAUGAAUCUGAAAGUGUGGAGGAUUAUUUGAAGAAAAAAUUCAAGAGAAAGAGAAUGGAAGAUAGGGUGAGAGAAACUACACUUUCAGAGCUUGAGAGUUUGAUUUGUGAUCAAAAUUGGAUUCGAUCGAGUACUCUUCCAAUUGACAUGGAAGAGCAAUUUGAAGAAAUUGAGGAACUUGAACAAGAGUUGAAAGAGUUUUGCUUGGAUGAGGGUAGUAUCAUGAGUGAUUUGGUUUAUGAUGAUUGA